CCGACUUAUCUGAAUCCGGAUGAUUGCGCGACAGAUUGAUACGUAAUGCUGCAAAACAUCAUAAACUAACGAAGCUCACGACAUGGUGGGAGUUCCGGGUAGAAGCAAGGGCUGCAUAACGUGUCGCAAGCGAAAGAAGGGCUGCGAUCUAAAGCAGCCUUCAUGCGGGCAGUGCGAGGCUCGUGGGAUCACUUGUGGUGGUUAUGACUUGGAUAGGAUGUUCGUGCACGCAGCUGCGCCUUCGUAUCCUGCACUUGUUGCGACAGCACCACAUAGGACCGGGCGUAUGCAACUUGGUCCGGUGAACAUGCACGCGUACAACCCAGUACAGCUGGGUACUUCAUUGCCUCAUGGCCUCGCCAAUUCAGCAUACCGAGAAAAGACACUGGAGAUGUUCUUUUCAAUGUAUUUGCCCCAGGGCGACCACAAUCACCGCGACCUUCUAAUCCGACCGAAUAACGUUAUUGAUUUGCUGUCAAGCACGUACGCCAGUGAUGAAGCUCUGAAGCUCGCAGCCUUAGCGCUGGGCACCUCCAUGCUGGGCAGAACACGAGGAGAACAAGAAUGGGUCAGACAAGGCAGAAGACUUUAUGGGCAAGCAUUGAGGGAAACGCGCAAAGCACUGAUAGACCAGCAAAGGGCCAACUCUGAUGCGAUGCUUCUAGUCCCAAGGGUAGCGGCCAUUUUCGAGAUGCUCUUCGGUGCAGAUGUCAACCCCACAUUGCAAGCGCAGAAUUGGCGCAGGCAUGCCCAGGGUGAACUUGCAAUACUCACAGCACAAGGGCCAUAUAGGUUCCAGGAUGGAAUCGCGCAUCAUAUCUUUGCGGAUGCCCGGAUGCCGCCUCUUGUCGCGGCCAUACGAAGAAGGAAAGCCUCCAUUCUGAACGCCAUCGAGUGGAAGACGAUACCCUGGGGGAAACAUCCUAAGGCGCCCAGGGAUUGUUUGAUUGACAUUCUCGCUGGUAUUCCGGAGGUGUUGGAAGACAUUGAUAAUUUACGUUGUAGUCCAAAUGAUACGAUCGCUCGCGCCGACAUUACGAUUAAGUGCAGAAAGUUGGAAUUGCAGCUUCAGACCUGGACUACAGCAAACGAGGAACUCCUGGCGUACCCAGACACAGAGGACCCUACCGAGAUAACGUUCAGAGGAAAUGCGAGAGCGAAUCUCACUCUGCUCUUUUGGACUGUGGCCAUGUACACAUACGGAGCGCUUGCAAUUGUGUUACGGCCAAAGAUGCCGACAUCUUCUCAAUCCUCCUUGAUCACGUCCACUGACGCACUGUUUUAUGCGCGUCGGAUCGCUCGUUCCGUACGCUACUUUUUCAAUCCGUUACGUGGAAUCUCGGGCGCUACCACAAUUGCCUUCCCAGGGGGUACCGCCAUGCUAUGUCUGAUACACAGUGGCAUGGAAAGAAACAAGGAGUAUCUCGAAUUAGCGCGUGGAGCUUGGAGCAGCCUUACUCCGUCAUCUGGCAUACAGGAUUUCUUGAACAGCAUGAUGCUCGACACGGCUGCAGAGUUGAAACAUGGGCUGCCGAGGUUAGGUGGUGAGUUUUGGAACAUUGAGGUUGCUUUGUCGAGGAAGGAGUGAUCGCGCCAUGAAAAUAGUCUUACGGACUGAGGUGCCGAGGCUCAAGGAUCUUACUCAAAAGAUACCGAUAAGGAGCCUUGAAAUCCCAGUCAAAACGACAUCCCAAUCACCAGUCCACCCUUGUAUAUCGUUUGUGCGGUCUAUCAUCGUAGACUAGGCCUUCGUCUAAUUCAUUACAUUAGGCCCGCCGCCUUUUUACCCGCCGGACUUCCAUAUGCGGUUUACAGAGACUGUCUGUUUUGGGCAGCUCGCUCUCUUCUCGGCAAGGUGCUAUACUAUACUGUAUUUCUUUCAAUGCACGUAUUCAUGCGCGGAUGAUAUCGAUCAGGAAGGGGAUAUUGCACCUGCGUUUGUGGUGUUUACAUGAGGCGGGGACGCCUUGGCGGCG